AUGUCAUUCGAUGCCGCUCGAAUGGUAAAGGACUUCGAGAAGACCUCUAGUGAUGUUUCUGUGAUCAAGCAGAAGCUGAACGGUAUCCACGGCAAGCUGAACACGAUGAAGACGAAUAUCGAAACGGCCUCGAAGCGGACCUCAUCUGUAUCCGACAAGCAACGAAUAUCACAUAUCCAGGAUAUUAUUAGGGAGCAUUUGAAGGCCGUGACAGAUGCAACUCCUGCUGCCGAGACCGCUGGUAACGACCUGUAG